AGCCACAUCAAGAUCCCUCUCUUUCUCCUUUGGUCGCUAGCUAAGCUAAGCUGGACGCUCCACUGUUUUUCAGUCGACAACAUUCUUCCAUUAUCUAAUUCUGUUUUUUUUAUCCAUGAGAAUAUUAAGGCCCCAUCGUCGUAUUGCCAUAGGCUGAUGUGGGCCCGGUCCAGUGCGAAAAAACGAGGCCCAACCGUCCCCAAUCUCUUCCCCACCAAAACCGCGCUUGUCCUGCCUGAACCACCAUGUCCAUGCUGCUCUUCUCCCUCACUCUCGCAUCAGAUCCCCUCCUCCCGCUUCUUCCUCGCCCAAACCAAGCUUCAGCUCCAGCUCUGCUCUAGCCCCAGCAAUGCCGCCUAGCUCGUAGCCGACGCGCCCGUCUCAACUCGCAAUGGCGUCCGCGGCGGCGCUGCUGCUGGCGGCCGCCGUAGUCGCCUUGCUGGCAUGCCUGGCACUCGCGGACCCGCCGGCGAGCGAGCAGUCGGCGCUGCUGGCGUUCCUCGCGGCGACGCCCCACGAGCGCAAGCUUGGGUGGAGCGCGUCCACGCCGGCCUGCGCGUGGGUCGGGGUCACCUGCGACGCCGCCAACUCCACCGUCAUCAAGCUGCGCCUACCCGGCGUCGGGCUCGUCGGCCCCAUCCCGCCGUCCACCAUAGGCCGCCUCACCAACCUCCAGGUGCUGUCCCUCCGCGCCAACCGCGUGUCCGGGGCCAUCCCCGACGACAUCCUCCGGCUCUCCGCCCUCCGCUCUGUCUUCCUGCAGGACAACGCCAUCUCCGGCGCCAUCCCGCCGGGGGUCUCCGGGCUCGCGGCGCUCGAGCGGCUAGUGCUCUCCCACAACAACCUGUCGGGCCCCAUCCCCUUCGCGCUUGGCGGCCUCGCCGCGCUCCGCGCGCUCAGGCUCGACGGCAACCGGCUGUCCGGCAAGAUCCCCAGCAUCGCCAACCCCGAGCUCAAGGUGUUCAACGUCUCCAACAACCGUCUCAACGGGUCCAUCCCGCGGGCGCUCGCGCGGUUCCCCGCCGACGCCUUCGCCGGGAACCUCCAGCUGUGCGGCACGCCGCUGCCCCCCUGCAGCCCCUUCUUCCCAUCCCCGUCGCCGGCGCCAGGGAUGGGCCCGAGCGACGGCAAGCCACCGAAAAAGAAGAAGGUAUCCACCGCUGCGAUCGUCGGCAUCAUCGUGGCCGCCGUGGUCGUCGCGCUGCUGCUAGUUCUGGCCAUCCUGUUCUGCUGCAAGAGGUCCCGGCGAGGCGCGCGCACGGACGGCGCAAAGGGCACGGCGGCCGCGGCGACAGGCACAACAAGACCGCCGGCGUCGUCCGGCGACGGCACGGGCACGGCGUCCUCGCCAAAGGACGACGCCGGAACCUCCGGGUCUGUGGCCGCGGCGGGAGGCGGGACGGGGGAGGCGAGCCGGCUGGUGUUCGUGGGGAAGGGCGCGGGGUACAGCUUCGACCUAGAGGACCUGCUGCGCGCGUCGGCGGAGGUGCUGGGGAAGGGGAGCGCGGGGACGUCGUACAAGGCGGUGCUGGAGGAGGGGACGACGGUGGUGGUGAAGCGGCUCAAGGAGGUGUCGGUGUCCCGGCGCGAGUUCGAGGCGCACAUGGAGACGGUGGUCGGCGGCGUGGAGCACCCCAACCUUCUCCCCGUCCGCGCAUACUACUUCUCCAAGGACGAGAAGCUGCUCGUCUACGACUACCUCCCCGCCGGCAGCCUCUCCGCCAUGCUCCACGGGAGCCGGGGCUCCGGCCGGACGCCCAUGGACUGGGACGCGCGCAUGCGGUCGGCGCUGUCGACCGCCCGCGGGCUCGCGCACCUGCACUCGGCGCACAAGCUCGCGCACGGCAACGUCAAGUCCACCAACGUCCUCCUCCGGCCGGACCACGACGCCGCCGCGCUUUCCGACUUCUGCCUCCACCCGAUCUACGCGCCGUCGUCUGUCCGCGCGGGCUCCAACGGCUACCGCGCCCCGGAGGUGGUGGACACGCGGCGGCCCACGCUGGAAGCGGACGUCUACUCCCUCGGCGUGCUCCUGCUGGAGCUCCUCACCGGCAAGUCCCCGACGCACGCGUCCCUGCAGGAGGGCGACGGCGGCACGCUCGACCUGCCGCGGUGGGUGCAGUCGGUGGUGCGCGAGGAGUGGACCGCCGAGGUGUUCGACGUCGAGCUCGUGCGGCUGGGCGCCAGCGCCGAGGAGGAGAUGGUGGCGCUGCUGCAGGUGGCCAUGGCCUGCGUGGCCACCGUGCCCGACGCGCGCCCGGACGCGCCGGACGUUGUCAGGAUGAUCGAGGAGAUCGGGGCCGGCCACGGGCAGACCACGACGGAGGAGAGCGCUCGGGCGACCACCUCCGAGGAGGAGCGGUCCCCGGCCGCCCAGACAUCGUAGCCCCGGACAUCUCGGCAUUGUUUUGUUGGAUGAAUUAAUUGUAUUUUCUUCUUUCUCUCUUCCCCUCUGUCAGUCUCAUCUCUUCCCCUCUGUCAGUUUCAUUAUUUUCUUUCAAGAAAAGUAAAUGUCUUUUUUGUGAUC